UGAAGACAAACAUUUCAACUGACCUGCAUGCCAUGGGGCCCAGUACAGCUCAGUAACUUAUUACUGUGAUCCACCUCCAUGUGCUUUCUGAAUGUAUAGACAUUUGACCAUAGACAAUUAAAGAAAGCAUUUGACAGACUUUGCCACACUCAAGAUGGCGACAUCUCCAUUCCUCCUCCUUUUGAAUUGGUACGUGAUAGGAUGCGUCAGUCGUGCGUAAGGUUGUGUUGACAGGAGCAGUAGGAGUUGUCAGCGGAACAGCAGCAGCCAGCAUCAUCGGAGCCGAAUGGAGUAAUUUCAAAGAUAUUGUUACAGAAAGCGUCUCUGUUGUUGUUUAGAAACAUUGAUUACACCGUUCAAACAACGACACCAUGGCAGACGACCAGUCCUCUCAAUCCUGGUCAAUCGACAGGGAUGACUAUGAACUCAAUGAGGUGAUAGGGAGUGGAGCCACUGCAGUUGUCCAGGCAGCGUACUGCAAGCCGAGAAAGGAGAAGGUGGCCAUCAAACGCAUCAAUCUGGAAAAGUGUCAAACUAGCAUGGAUGAGCUCCUGAAAGAGAUCCAGGCUAUGAGCCAGUGCCACCACCCAAACAUUGUGUCUUAUUAUACCUCCUUUGUGGUGAAGGAUGAACUGUGGCUGGUGAUGAAGCUGCUCAGUGGUGGCUCAGUGUUGGACAUCAUCAAGCACAUCAUCUCCCGUGGCGAGCACAAGACCGGAGUGUUGGACGAGGCUAGCAUCGCCACCAUCCUGAAAGAAGUCUUGGAGGGGCUGGAGUACCUUCACAAAAAUGGCCAGAUUCAUCGGGAUCUAAAAGCUGGAAAUAUUCUUCUUGGAGACGAUGGCUCUGUGCAAAUUGCUGACUUUGGUGUGAGUGCCUUUCUAGCAGCAGGAGGAGACAUGACUAGGAACAAGGUUCGGAAGACAUUUGUGGGCACGCCGUGCUGGAUGGCGCCUGAGGUCAUGGAGCAGGUCCGCGGCUAUGACUUCAAAGCCGACAUCUGGGGUUUUGGGAUAACAGCCAUUGAACUGGCCACUGGGGCUGCACCAUAUCACAAAUACCCACCAAUGAAGGUGCUGAUGCUGACUUUGCAGAAUGACCCACCCUGUCUGGAGACGGGUAUCACCGACAAGGACAUGGUGAAGAAGUAUGGCAAGUCUUUCAGGAAGAUGCUCUCCCUGUGUUUACAGAAAGAUCCAGAAAAAAGGCCAACUGCUGCCGAGUUGCUGAAGCAUAAAUUCUUCACAAAAGCCAAAAACAACGAGUAUUUGCAGGAGAGGCUUCUAUACAAAGGUCCAACAAUAACGGAGCGAUCCAAAAAGGUGCGUCGUGUACCCGGCUCGAGUGGCCGUCUCCAUAAGACGGAGGACGGCGGUUGGGAGUGGAGCGACGAUGAGCUGGACGAGGAGAGUGAAGAGGGCAAAGCUGCUGUGGCAGCUCUGCGGUCCCCCAGAGUGAAGGACGGGCCCGAGAACAUGCAGCUUUUCCCACCAACAGAUGGCUCCACACAACAUCUGCAGCCACCUGGUGCAGCACGUGAAAGCCCUGCGACUGUGGGCCAGCUGGGAGAGGAUGCUCUACCACAGGCUCCCACUCAGACAGCCAGCCCUUUACAUGCACCCACUGCUCAGGAUCCAGCUGCAACCAAUGCCAGUGUUCCCAUCAGCCUCGUGCUGAGACUGAGGAACCCCAAGAAGGAACUUAACGACAUCCGAUUUGAGUUCAUGUCCGGCAGAGAUUCUGCUGAUGGAGUUUCUCAGGAGUUAGUCUCAGCAGGUCUGGUUGAUGGGAGGGACUUAGUCAUUGUCGCUGCCAAUCUGCAAAAGAUUGUUGAUGAUCCUCAUAGUAACAAAAAUGUGACCUUUAAAUUGGCAUCUGGCGUGGAGGAGUCUGAAAUUCCUGAUGAUAUUAAACUCAUUGGAUUUGCUCAGCUCAGCAUCAGUUAAGUCAGGUAGAGCAAUCAACAGAGGACAGAAACUAAUGGUAUUGCACAGCUGCAUUGUAGUCAAUUCCAGAAACCACAGCUGCCAAAGAGAGGAGGGGGAGACAGGAAGCUGGCAGGAGUGUGGCGCUACUGCAGGAUGCAUGAGGACCACAUUGAGAAAGCUCAGUUUAUUACAGGAAUCACACUUGAAACGUUUACAGUGCGCUUAUACAGUAAAUGGGAGAAGAGAUGCAAUCAACUAUAUCAACUCCUAAUUUCUUUUCUUUUCUUCUUCUUCAUACAUAAGCACAAUCCAAACCAUCUCCUGCCAGUACUGGAAGUGAUUGCCUUUUUCUUUUUUCUUCUUUUUAAAUCAACUGUGCCACAAAACUCACAAGAGUGUCGUGCCACCUUUAUAUGGCACUUUAUGCUACUCUGAAAUUGAAAAGUGUAUAUUCAGCCUUAGUUAAACUAUAGAUUUAACCAGUGUGUUCGGUGAAAACUCGAGUCUAUCUGUGAUUACUAGGUGUAUUUGAUGUACGCCUAUUUAAGAAAAGUAAGGAAAUCUCCAGCAACACAUGAUACAAAUAACUUAGAAACACACUGUAGCAUAGUUUUAGUUUUGUAAUUCUGUAAAUUCAGAUGGAUUUGUAUGUAGGAUAUAAGAAAAUUACUGGAUUCCUCCUGUAUAAGGCAGCCCAAGGCGUGUGGGGUGUGGUGGUUUUGUCAAAACAUAACCAAAGAGUUUAGGCUCUGACUGCACAGCUGAAACCAUUCAAACAUACACAAAUCAACAAACUGCUCUGUCUCAUAACUGCAGUUACAACACUUUGUCAGAUGGCGUUCUCCCAAUGUAUUAAAAGACAGGAUUAUUUUCACAGAUUGAGACCUGCCUAACAUUGUUGUACUAUGCAAUAUGUGUUUUCUUUUUACCGUGUGUGACCACUGGUUGCUAAUAAUAUUUCUCUUUGGUUGAAUAAAUCCACUUUUUGUGCUUGUUCCUCACUAGGAGUUCAUGAAGCCAACCAGCCAAACAUGCAGGUUUAGGAAUCGGUAGUGAGAAUUUACUUUAAUUUUCACAAGCAAAGUGAAUUGCAUUUUUUCUAUGUCCUUGUGUCAAGAGGUCAUUUAGCCUGUGUAAAAUUACUGAUCUUACAGCUGGGAAGAAUCCUGAAUGCUGGCACUGUGUGUCGAGUGUGGAGUUGCUCGUGUUACAGGCUGUCUGACAUUGAACUUCUGUGAAGGUAUGCAGUGCAUGCUCAAAAACUGCAAAUGUUCAACCACAGUGAAAUAAAGUUUAAAGGGGCUGUUCACCCUAAUUGCAAGACUCUGAUACAAUGAAGGUGAAUGGAAUGUAGAUUGUAGCCAUGCUAGCCAUCAGACCAAAAAUAACUUUUUACUUAUUUAAAAUAUUAAACUAUUGGAUGGUUUGCCUUGACAUUGGCAAAAUCUAAUAAAUGGCCCUAAGGAUGAAUUCUACUCACUUAGGUGAUUCCUUGAGUUUGUCUUUAGUGCCACCAGCAGCUCAAAAUUUAAAUUUGGCUUCUGACUAAAGACCUACAAAACCUACACCAUUGUCAUUGGACUCAGCUGAACUUUUUGUGUACUGCUAAUUAGCUGUUAGCAUACUAACACUAUUCUAAGAUAGUGAACAUUAUGCCUGCUAGACAUCAGCUUGUUGUCUUUGUGAACGUUAGCAUGUUGAGCAUUAGCCGUUAGUUCAGUGGCACAGAGCUGCUAAGCAUGGCUUGGGACUUUUGAUUAAGGCUGUGAGCGCCACAAACUAAAUUCCAUUUACCUGCAUUGUAUUGAGGGGCAGCAGGAAUCUUGAGAUGGAGCUCUAAAAACCUCAACAAAUAAAAAUAAAAAUAAAAAAAACUAUCUGCAUGUCCGGAUACCACUAGAGGUAAAUUGUUCAUAUAUAUCGGGUGAAGUAACCCUUUAAACGUCUCCAGAGGCCAGGUAUUACUAAGAUUUUUUUUUGUCGCUAGGCAAGUUAUUUUGACAGCAAUGUCUCUUUGCUUUAUAAACACUCACUAACAAAUCACUGUCGUCACUCCCUGUUUAGCUGUAUGGUUUGUACCACGUGCAAAGGGCUGCGAAAUAGCUCCUUGUUAGGUACUGAUGUAAAUGGUGUAUGUAAAAGAUGUAAAUGUACGUAUGAUGGCAACUCCAUGCACUGUCAAACAAACGUCAUGAGGUUAAGUAUAAGGAUGUAGAUGCAGUGACUGUUUAGUGUACAUGUCAUUUAAAAGGAACAAUUUACUUGUAAAUAUAGAUUAAGGCAGAUUGAUACUCAUGUUCAGUACACAAGAGUUUAAUUUGUUUAAUAGUGUUUUCCAUUGUUUGCCUUUGUCGGAGCAUCACUAAUCAUGCAAAAAUUAUUUGUUCAAUUGGCACCUUAUUGAUAUGUUAACAUUCGUAUUUUGGGAAAUACAUGGAGCUUGUUAUCGUACACUCUGAGCUUUGAUGUCAUGGCGUGCAGUUUUCUCACCAAAACCUGUCCCAGGCUAACGGAACAAAUAUCAUUUUGAUAACACAGGCACAGGUUACAUUUCUUUUUUCCCGUGUGUAUUUUGUGCGAUACAAUGAUUGAUCAUCAAAGGCUUUGAGCUGAAAGUCACUUAUGUUUUUUUUUCUUUUUUUCUUUCCCUUUUUGUUGUUUACUCAUCAGAAAACAAUUGUUCUGCCUCUUUGGGAUUCACUAAAUAAUUAGUAUUAAUUUAAUCAUUUAAUUGGCAAAUACAUUUUUCUUUUUUUACAGAUAAUUCACAGAUCAUAUAUUUUUUAAAUAUUCAUUAUGAAAAUGUGUACAUCAACAAAUGCAUAAUUUGAAGUGGAAUAUUUGUGAUGACAUACAAGAGAUUCCUUGACAUGUAUAGAUUAUUGGAAAAUGUCACAUGCACAUGAUUUUAGUAGCUGAAUAAAGUCACAUCAUGGAA